CUUAUGUUCUGCGUGUUCCGUGUGUCUCUCUGUGUCCCGAACUAGGGAAUUGCGAAAAAUCCCAUCGCAUCCUGUCUGGCCUGUCUUUCUGCGGUGCUGGGUACAUAAAGUCACUUAAAGUCUAUCUGGAUCACAACAGCCACUUUUUAGCGCUAUCCGACCACGCGCCCUCAACUCACCACCACUUAACCUCCCCCGUCCACUUUUGGCCCUUUCGCCAUAAUUCACCCUUACACCCCCAUUCAUACUUUCAGGGCCUCGAUCCUCCCACCUUGCCCACUCUUCUUCCUCUUCUCGACCAUCGACCAAAAAGUAUUGCUGCUGCUCUACUUUAAAACUAGCUUCACCAAGGGCUCUUGAUAUCCGAGCCGUCGAGGGGUUCUGAGCUGGUACCUCGCCGAAAGACUGCGUGCGGUCCUCCCCUUGCCAUCACCGACUUUCUUUCAACUCCCGCCAACCACACGUCCACCUCGCGCCGACCUUGCCAACGCUACGAGCAGAGCUACGAAUAGCGAACCCAUACGGUUGAACGGCGGCGCUCUGAAUAAUUCACGAGAUUCAUGUCUGACGCCAAUUACACUUUAAUGUACAAUUAAGAAUAAUCGCCGACGUCCUGCGUUUCAAGAUCCGACUCUUCGAGCCACGAACCCGCGGAUAUACCUGAACAUAUAUUAUUUGAACGAUAGAUAGAAGCUGAGGAGGAUAUAUAUUUUGUGCCGAGCCUGGAUUACCUGCUGUCGCUUUGUCGCAACCAGUCUGUGGACCUACAAUAAAGCGACUACCAUACAAUGAAUCGAAGCCCCGGACCUUUGUCCCCAGUCUCAAUAGGAGGCGGAAGCGAGUGGUCGGGCAUCUCCAAAUACCAGGGACUCGAGGAGAACCCUCCAUACUCCCCGAACAAUCGCGGAAAUCUAAUAACACCACCGGUCUCGAGCGGCUCCAACGGGAUGAUGAACGGAGGAGGCUUUCCUCCCAGGGGACCUGAGAGCCAGAACGGAAAUGUGCCUUCACCGCCAGCAUCGAUAGCGCGCUCCAGCAUCCCGACAAGUCUUUACAAUGGGUCGAUGAACGGAGGGCCUGCUGGUGGGCGAGACCGCAGGGAUGAACAGUUUGAGGGCAUACUGAGCGAGCACUACGUCUCUCUCAAGCGGUUUCUGGCUGCGUCUCUGCGCGAUGAGAAGGGCAACCCGAGGCCGAACAAGGCGCGAGACAAGCUGCUGCGACUGUCGCCCGUGCAAUUCCAGGAACUGAGUACGGAUGUGUUCGACGAGUUAUUGCGGAGGCAGGCCGCGGGCCGCAACCAAUCUGUCGCUGGACUGAACGAACAAAACGCCCCACCGCAAUUCCUGCUCCCCAAAGACACCUUCCACCCAAAGCGCAACCAGGCGCGACAAAAACUGUCCACGCUACCACCGCCACGGUUUAGGGACCUGGCAACCGAUGUAUUCUACGAGCUGGAGCGGAGGUUUCCAAGGUUUGCUGGAGGGGAUAUCAGCCGGAGCGGGAAUGGAACACCGGUCGACCCGAGAAUGCGGAUGCGGAGGCCGUCGGAGGCCAGCUCAGUGGGAUACGCGAGAAGCGAAUCUCGAGGUACAACUCGCGGUCUGGGAGGCGGGCAGCCUGGGUCUCCUGGUAUGCCACCGAACGACUACGGCCGGCCACAACCCAAGACAUUCCAGAGCAACACGCUGGUGCCUAAUAAGAGUACAAUGGUGGAGGAUGAUGACGACCAGGAUAAUGACUCGGAUGCAUUUGGAUUAGAGAGCGCGGUAACAGCGGGCGUUGGUGCAAAAUCAGAGGAGGAUAAAAAGCAAUUAAAAGAGUACGAGGAGCAAGUGGUCGCGCUCCAAGAGAAGGUCGGCGGGCUGGAAGAGAAAUUACGGCAGAAGGACGAGGAGCUUAAUGAUGUUCUGGACGGCGAACGUAGCAGGUCGACAGCUGCGAAUGCAGAGAAGCAGGAGUUUUCGGAUCUGCGGUUGAAGCUGGAAGAGAAGCUGGCAGACGCCGAAAACCUGAACGUGUCGCUACAGUCGGAACUCGACAGGCUACGCGCCGAGCACUCGGAGACGGAGAGGGACCUGAGCGAUCAGUUAGAACAACUGCGCGUCUCAGGAGGAGGCGGAGGUGGGAAUGAGGCACUGGAGCGCGAGAACGAGGAGUUGAGGGCUGAGUUGGAGGAGCAGCAACAGACGACGGAUGAUGUUCGACGAGAGGCUGGUAAUUUCUUGAGGGAGAUGAAGUUGCUCACCGAGCGCAAUGGGACGUCCUGGGAGAAGGAGGAGCAGCUUGUGAUUCAAGUCAACAGGCUAGAAGCCGAGGUCGAGGACUGGAGGAACCGAUACGCAAGGACGAAGACCCAAUUACGAAAUGCCCGGGCUUCGUCGAUUGGCCUCACCAUCCAACCUAAACAGACUACGAGCAGCCAUAACUCUCCUGAUGGACUGGUCAAGGAUGUCCACGUCACCAAAUUCCAGAUCUCUAUCGAUGAGCUGCUACGAACCGCUCGCUCUGAGACCCCCGAGAACGUUGUUGAGUACAUGAAGAACGUGGUUAUCUGCGUCCGCAGUAUUACGCAAGACAUCGACAACUCCACAAACAACCCCGAACUUGCUCAAGGCCUGGCGAAACUCAAGGCCCGCGUCUCCGCAACUGCCAACAACCUGAUCACCGCCUCCAAGAACUUCACAGCCGCCAAGGGACUCUCACCCGUCUCCCUCCUCGACGCCGCAGCAUCCCACCUCACCACCUCCGUCGUCGAGCUCGUCAGCACCGUCAGGAUCCGCCCCACGCCCGCCGGCGAACUCGAAGACGACGACAACGAAACCCUCCAGCCCAUCGAGACCCCAAGCUACUACCCCACCAACGGCGACCUCAAGGAAAACAUCUCCGCCCCCUUCAUGGGAAUGCGCCAGAGCAACGUGUCCUCCAUGUACAGCCCGGUCAACUCACCGCGCGACUCUAGAGUUCCCCGCUCCCGCAGCGGCUCCAAGACCGAGCCAUGGCGCCGCUCGAUCUCGCGUAGUGGGCAGAACGGCAUGAAUGGGAAGCUACCACCCGCACCGCUUGGGUCUAUGGGCGCCUUCGGGAUCCGCGGACCGGAGCAAAACAACGAGAUUGAAGAUCUGAAGAUCUUCCUCGAAGACCAAACCGCCUUCCUCGUCCAAAUGAUCCAAUCCCUCGUCUCGAGCAUCCGCUCCGACAACGGCGUCGACGCCAUCAUCGGCGAGCUCGCCUCCAUCGCCGCCGUCGUCGAGAAAGUCAUGUCCGCCACCGAGUCCAGCAUGGACGGCCGCUCCGACGCGGCCGCCCAGCUGCGCCAGGAAGCCGAGGGCAUAGUGCGAAAGCUCGAGGCGUGCCGCGAGCGCGUCCUCGAUGCCGGGGAGCGCGGGGCGGAGCUCGCUCGCGAGCAGGCUACGGAUGCGGAGUGGAAGGUCUGGACGCAGGGGUUGCCGCCGGUGGCGUUUGAGAUUGCGAGGGAGACGAAGGAGUUGGUUAGGGUGGUGGAUGGGUUGGAUGAGGAGGAGGAUUUCGCGUAGAUGGACCGCGUGGGGGAGUUGGGGUGGAUGGAUACCCAGUACAUAAGGAGGGGAAGGGGGAUACACGAGAGCCUGUUUGUUUUUGCGGGAUACCUUUGAUUGAUCUUGCCAGGCAUUUUGGGCUGGCUGGCUGCCUACCUCGAAAGGGGGGUUUAUCAUUCGUGUGCUUAGCUUUUUCUGCGUGUUUUGUUUGCCCUCCAUACCCCCGUGGACAAUUUGUCUCUGGCAGGCGGAGAGGCUUCUUUUCAGUUCUCUAGAGCGGGUUUUAUGUGGUCAGUUUUUUGAGGGGUUGUCAUGUGUGGAGGAGGGAGGGAGAGGGGGGAUAAAAAACAUUCACGCGUUUAUGGUUACGGUCGAAUUGCAUAAGGGGGGAGGAGACCGGGGAGGGGG